AUGUGUCCCGUAGAGGCCUCUCUCUACGGCGACUACUUCACCAUGGGCGCCUGCGUCUUUUUCGCCGUCGCCUUCGGCCUCAACGCCCUCGCCCAGGGCUGGCUGACGUGGCGGUCCCGCGCCUGGUCCUUCGGCGUGUACCUGGCCAUCGGCACCGUCAUGGAGCUGCUCGGCUACGUCGGCCGCGCCAUCAUGGCCGAGAACCCGUGGAACUUCGAGGGCUUCUUCAUGCAGCUGCUCAUGCUCAUCCUGGGCCCCACCUUCGUCGCCGCCGCCAUCUCCGUCACCUUCAAGCACCUCGUCCUGUGGUACGGCCCCCAGUACUCUUUUAUCAAGCCGGCGCUGUACCCGUGGAUUUUCGUCGGGACCGACUUUAUUUCGAUUAUCAUCCAGGCGGGCGGCGGUGUUGUCGCUUCCAUGGCGACUGAGGAGGAGAUCCCCGACCCGGCAUUGCUGGACCUGGGCAACGCGCUCUUGAUCGCCGGUGUCGUGUUUCAGGUGAUCAACAUGGUGUUUUGCGGCGGUCUUAUGCUCGUUUAUCUUUGGCGUCGUCGCACUGCUGUCAAGAACGCUGCUGCUAAGGCGGCUGGCCGCUCUGGGUCGUCUGGAGAGGACAAGAAGGUCCACAUUUUUAUCUAUGCCAUUGUUGCUUCGUACAUUUUCAUCAUCAUUCGCUGCAUCUACCGUAUCCCGGAGAUGCAGUCUGGCUGGGGAAGCGACCUGAUGCGGAACGAGGCCACCUUCCUCGCCCUCGACGGCGCCAUGAUUCUCAUCGCCGUCACCAUUAUCACCGCCUUCCACCCUGCCUUCUUCUUCCCUUAUCUCGGCAAGGGCAAGGGCCAGCCUCGCAGCGCCCCCACGGUCGACGUCGAGCGCCUUCCCGCUCCCCCUGCUUACCGGGUUCCUGUCGGCCACCGCAUGUCGAACCGCAUUUAAGCGAGCGGGACUGCAUGGCAUCUGGGAGACGAGAGAGCCACGAUUCUGAUCUCACGGGACAUGGUCGACAUGAAGGGGAAACCCGUCGCGACAACGAAACAUGAUACCAGCACAGCACUCGUCGGUUGAAUCCGGUUGAAUCCAACAUGGCCGACCGUAUUGCAAGGGAAUUCUCCAGCCGUACAAAAUACUUGGGACGUUUGGGAGGCUAUUAGUUUCUUUUUCUUUUAUUUUUUUUCCUCGGGCGUGCCGGCACACAAGCCUCUGCAUUCUUCUGGCGUUCUGGUAGCAUGGGAGCGAUCAGUAUAUCUGUAUAUGGGUUCGGCUGGCAUUUUAGGUUAUGAUAGAAUUAGACCACGCAUCAUCGUAUAGAAACGGAAGCUUCUGUGAAGCAAACUAUGCAACGCAGGGCAAAAGAUUUACAGACUGAGAGAAUAAAGC